UGGCACUUGCAAUUGUUUCGCAUUGUUUACUUUCCUUCUUCGAUCUUUCGCUCCAACAGUUAGUCUAGUUGACCAUGUCUACAUCUACGACUCCACGAAGCCGCACUUGGCCUGCCGCAAGCAACAGCAACGGCACUGCCAGCAGUGAUCCUAAACGGAACGCUUCGGAUACCAUCUCCAAGCUUUUAAGCGGUACUAGUACCUGUUUGUUGGCACAAGUACCACAACCAGACGACGAAGCAGCCGCCGAUGCGUUUGAUCAGGAAAUCAGUCAAUGCCAACCCAAUUUGCUGGAUUUGAUCAGUGUAGCUGUCACGGACAACACCACCAUUACGAGCGGUGGAUCUCCGGAGCAAGACAAACCAGAGCCGCCAAAAGAAGAAGAGCAGCCAGUAGAAGAAGAACAAGUAGAAAAGAAGAAAGAUACGUGGGUCACAUUCACAGCCGACUUUCCUACCGAGCACUACUUACCAGUACCACCACCACCACCACCAGAAGAACAAGCAGAACAAGCAGAAGACAAAGGGGGGGAAGAUCAUAAUAAUAAUAAUAUUGAAGUGGAAAUCCAAGAUCAUUUUGAAGAACUGGGAUUGCCUCAAGAUAAGAAGAGUAGUAGUGACCGCCAAGGCUUGUUUGUCUACCUCCACCACAAAUCCAAACGGUUUGUCUCGAGGCUCUCGGGAUGGUCGGAUGCAACGCCACGGGAAUAUCAACAUCAACCACAAGAAGGAGACGACGAGCUCGACACUCAAGACAACCACAACCACAAAUCAGCACUUCACGCACGACAAGUCUGUCUCUGCAUCUUGUGUCUCGCCAUUCUAGCUGCCAUUGUCGUGCCCGUCGUCGUGUGCAAUCUAUAUGACAAGUGCGGCAGUAACAACAGUAACAACGACAUUAACAACAGCAACCAGAGUCAAGAACAACCACAAGACAAUGACUCGAUUCUAAUGACGAUUGAGACGACGACGACAGACACUCCUGGCAGUACUACUACCACGGCACCCCCUCGCGAUAAUGAUGAUGUCACCUCUCUGCCACCCAUUGAUGUCAUGCCCGCCACCCACGGCAAUAUUUAUGACUUUGUCACGAUCAAUCUCGGAAGGACCGGAGCCACCAUGGAAAUUCCAGAAUACACCGUCCGCCAAUUAGACGAUCACCGCUCUCCACAAUCCAAAGCAUAUCUAUGGUUGGCAUUCAGCAGCAGCUAUCCCGCAGAUGUGCUACAAGACAUGCCUCUCUGGAGGACACAACAACUAUUUGCAUUGGCCACACUCUUCUUUUCUCUACAACAACAAAAUCCAGAUCCGUCCACAAAUAAUCAGUGGCUCAAUGCGUCCCUGUCGGAAUGUCAGUGGUCCACCGAUUUGGUAUGCUAUCCAGCACUCCCCCACAACCAGGGACUGCUGGUCAAUACGGAAUUGGAUCAAGUCAUUCGCGAUAUUCGACUCGAUGGUUGGCACCACAACAACAACAACAACAACAACUCUAGUACAUCAGUAUUACCCGCCGAACUGGAGCUACUCAAGGGCCUGCAGCACUUACAAGUCACCAAUACUAACGCUGCCACUGGAUCAUUGGAUGACUUUUUGCCCACGGUACAGUUGGCCAACUUGCCGCGACUUCACACUCUCGUCUUGCACAACAAUCACCUCACGGGAGGCAUACCAAGUGAACUGGGGGCAUUGACAGGGUUGCGACAGUUGGAAUUGGAUCGAAAUGAGUUGAGUGGACGUGUACCAGACGAAAUUUGCAAGUUGACAACGCAAAACGAACAAGAACUCUUUCUCGUGGUGGAUUGUACUGGUACCACCAGUGCAGCACUCAUCUGUCCAGAGAAUGAUUGCAACUGCAAUUGUUCCUAACUAGGCUAGGCUAGCCUAACUAACUAGCUGUAAAAAUGUAGCAAAGCAGAGGAGCUAGCUACCGUACCGACUGACUAACUGACUGUGCGAGAGCUGGCUUCUGUGGAUAACCUCGCUACUCCGAACUCUUGAACCCAUCGUCUCAUAUGUAGCUGCCAACAUCCUUUUAAAAAAUAUUGUAGAUGGCCUAGUAGUCUACUC